AUGGAGGGACUUGUAUACGGCGUGGCGGCGAUGAUAGUGAAGGAUGUUCUCAAAACACCAUACCUCAAAGGCCGGGACUACGAACGUAACGUACGCCAAGUCUAUCGAGAUGUCGACAACCUUCAAAUCACCUUGGACCAAACCAAAUCCAACUGUGAGGGCCAGUCCCUAAGCAAGCCUCACGCCGAGUUUGUAAAGCGCGCAGAGAAGCAGAAACGAGACGCCUACCGCACGUUGCGCAAGAACUACCCACGGCACGCCUCGAAGUCAUGGCUUUUCGAAUAUGCCUCGACACCAGGCGCAGAGAUGAACUUGCUCGACAUAGGAAAGGAGGCCAACCAGACAGCAAAAGGUCUGAAUGACCUUCUUGCAGAGAUUCGAUUCUCUAAGAUAGGAGGCGACAAGGGAGAUGACAAGGAAAACACCGAGGAGAAAGACAAGCCGAAGGAAAAGUCACCAACGCGGCCUUCCCUUGACCUCUCCAGAGUGAGCUCAGGUGACACACCAUCAAAAGGAUCAAGCAGCCCACGCAGCAUGUCCAGCCGCCACAGCAGUGUCUUCAGUCCUGUACCGAUUCAGCCCACCGGCAUCUACAGCCCGCCCAGCAGCACUUCGAGUUUCUCGGACCCUUCAAGGAGACGCUCAACAUCCUCGGCCAGGCGGAGCGGAAGCAACCACCUCGGCCAUCGUAAACAGGAACUGUUGACGCCAUCCUCAUGGCCCAAGUCAAACCCUUUCGAAACUAUCAUGGAGUCGGGCCACGGCCGCGAACAAGCACUUGAUAACCUCCAGUACGGCAUCGACCAGGUCCUGAGCGCAGUUGACAAGGAGCACGAGUACGAGGCGAUGGUGUUCCUCGAGCACUCCCUGAAGGAAGUCCUGCGGCUACAGCGGUCUCAGGGCUUCAGCGGCUCUCAGAUGGGCGAGGAUCUCGGCGACGCAGUUGAGGAGCUCGAUAUGGCGAUGCGGAAUCUUGUCGCGGCCAAGAACGACAAGCAAAAGGACCGGGCCCUGAGGGGUCUCAGCUAUGCGCUGGAGAGUGUCGACGUCGCGCUGUACGCGAGGAGGAAGCAGAAGGAACACAUGAAUGAUCCGCACCACCACCCGCGGCACGGGCACGCCAGCCCCGUCCGCGUCGGCAGCAAGCGCCGCGAGCGAGGCAGCAGCGAGAGGAGCCGGCGAUUUUCGAUGCAGUGA